AGCCAAAUCUGGGGAGUGCUCAUCUGGCAGCUGGUUCAUGUAUUCACCAGAUUGUACCCUGCCCCUGCCCCCGUGGACUCAGGCAGGAAUCAGGCUCGGAGCACUGACAGCCUGGACGGCCCAGGGGAGGGCUCAGUGCAGCCUCUGCCACCCCCAGGGGCACCCAGUGUGAAGGGAAAGCCUGGGAAGAGGCUCUCAGCACCUCGGGGGCCCUUCCCGCGGCUGGCCGAUUGUGCCCAUUUCCACUACGAGAAUGUAGACUUUGGCCACAUUCAGCUGCUGCUAUCGCCCGAGCGUGAAGGGCCCGGCCUCGCUGGCGAGAGUGAGCUGGUGUUUGGGGUGCAGGUAACCUGUCAGGGCCGGUCCUGGCCGGUGCUCCGCAGCUACGAUGACUUCCGCUCUCUGGACGCCCACCUCCACCGUUGCAUAUUCGACCGGAGGUUUUCCUGCCUCCCUGAGCUUCCCCCACCUCCUGAGGGGGCCAGGGCUGCCCAGAUGCUGGUGCCACUGCUGCUGCAGUACCUGGAGACCCUGUCGGGGCUGGUGGACAGUAACCUCAACUGUGGGCCUGUGCUCACCUGGAUGGAGCUGGACAACCAUGGCCGACGCCUGCUGCUCAGUGAGGAAGCCUCGCUCAACAUCCCGGCGGUGGCCGCCGCCCACGUGGUGAAGCGCUAUACAGCCCAGGCGCCGGAUGAGCUGUCCUUCGAGGUGGGAGACAUCGUCUCCGUGAUCGACAUGCCGCCCACCGAGGAUCGCAGCUGGUGGCGAGGCAAGCGUGGCUUCCAGGUCGGUUUCUUCCCCAGCGAGUGUGUGGAACUAUUCACCGAGCGACUCGGGCCGGGGCUCAAGGCAGAUACUGACGGCCCUGCAGGUGGCGUCCCCAUUCCCCAGGGAGUCUCCUCUCUGACCUCAGCUGUGCCCCGGCCUCGUGGGAAGCUGGCGGGCCUCCUCCGGACCUUCAUGCGCUCCCGCCCAUCGAGACAGAGGCUGAGGCAGCGAGGGAUCCUGCGGCAGAGGGUGUUUGGCUGUGACCUUGGGGAGCACCUUAGCAACUCUGGCCAGGAUGUGCCCCAGGUGCUCCGCUGCUGCUCUGAGUUCAUCGAGGCCCACGGUGUGGUAGAUGGGAUCUACCGGCUCUCGGGCGUGUCCUCCAACAUCCAGCGGCUGAGGCACGAGUUUGACAGCGAGAGGAUCCCCGAGCUGUCGGGCCCCGCCUUCCUGCAGGACAUCCACAGCGUGUCCUCGCUCUGCAAGCUCUACUUCCGGGAGCUGCCCAACCCCUUGCUCACCUACCAGCUCUAUGGAAAGUUCAGCGAGGCCAUGUCCGUGCCCCGGGAGGAAGAGCGCAUGGUGCGGGUGCAUGACGUCAUCCAGCAGCUGCCCCCACCACACUACAGGACCCUAGAGUACCUGCUGAGACACCUGGCCCACAUGGCCAGACACAGUGCCAACACCAGUAUGCAUGCCCGCAACCUGGCCAUCGUCUGGGCCCCCAACCUCCUGCGGUCCAUGGAGCUGGAGUCGGUGGGACUGGGUGGAGCUGCCGCCUUCCGGGAGGUCCGGGUGCAGUCGGUGGUGGUGGAGUUCCUCCUCACCCACGUGGAUGUCCUCUUCAGCGACACGUUCGCCUCUGCUGGCCUCGAUCCUGCAGGCCGCUGCCUCCUCCCCAGACCCAAGUCUCUCGCAGGCAGUGGCCCCUCGACACGCCUGCUGACACUGGAGGAGGCCCAGGCCCGGACACAGGGCCGGCUGCGGACAGCCACCGACCCCACGGCCCCCAAGACCCCAACCUCCCCUGUGGACAGGAGGAAAAGGGAGAGACGAGGGAAGCCGAGGAAGCCCGGGGGCCCCAGCUGGAAGACCUUCUUUGCCCUGGGCCGGGGCCCAGGCAUCCCCCGGAUGAAGCCUUUGCCCUGGCUGGGGAGUGUUCGAACCCCGGCGCAGCCUUCAGGCAGCCGAACUGACACAGCCACCCUGAGGUCAGCCAAGAGCGAGGAGUCACUGUCGUCCCAGGCCAGCGGGGCUGGCCUCCAGAGGCUGCACCGGCUGCGAAGACCCCACUCCAGCAGUGAUACCUUCCCCGUGGGCCCAGCCCCUGCCGGCUCCUGCGAGAGCCUGUCCACCUCCUCCUCCUCGGACUCUUCCUCCUCCACCUCCUCCUCCUCCUCCUCCCAGUCCUCAGCACCCGGGCUCGGGGCACCCUCCCAGUCACCCUCACACCGCACCUCAGCCUGGCUCGACGACGGCGACGAGCUAGACUUCAGCCCACCCCGCUGCCUGGAGGGGCUCCGGGGGCUCGACUUUGACCCCCUGACCUUCCGCUGCAGCAGCCCCACCCCAGGGGACCCUGCGCCUCCAGCCAGCCCUGCACCCCCAGCCUCUGCCUCCUCCUUCCCUCCCAGGGCAGUCCCCCAGGCCCUCUCACCCCGAGCGCCCGCUAGCCCUGCCUCAUCCACCGCCCUGGACAUCUCCGAACCCCUGGCUGUCUCAGUGCCCCCUGCUGUGCUGGAGCUCUUAGGGGCCGGGGGGACACCUGCCUCAGUCACCCCAUCACCCCCCCUGCCACCAGCCCUCAGCCCCAGCCUGAGCCUGCGCCCCCAUCUCCUCCCCAUGCUGCUGCGCGGGGCUGAGGCCCAGCUGAGUGGCCCAUGCCACCAGGAGAUCUGCAGCAAGCUGCCACUCCCCGGGCCCCGGGCCCCCCAGGGCCAGCACGGCCCUGGUACGACUUCUCCGCUGCUGCCCCCACCCCUGACCCUCCUGCGCCCUGGGGGGGCUCCGCCUCCACCCCCCAAGAACCCAGCACGCCUCAUGGCCCUGGCCCUGGCUGAGCGGGCUCAGCAGGUGGCCCAGACACAGAGCCAGCAGGAGCAUGGGGACACCCCCACUGCCCCUCGCUCCCCUUUCCGCCGUUCACUGUCCCUGGAGGUGGGUGGGGAGUCCCCCAGGAUGCCAGGAAGUGGGCUGCCCCCGAGCCCCUUAGCUCACCUGGGUGCCUGGGCCCCAGGACCUCCGCCCUACCUGCCGAGGCAGCAGAGCGAGGGGAGCCUGGGGUGGAGCCAGAAUCCCACCGGGGCCACCAGAAGGGGUCCCCGAGGGCCCAUCCAGGCCAAUGCCCAGCUCAGAACGGGCACGGCGUGCAGGGAUGCGCCAGCACCAGUAGCCCGGGCACCAUGCCCUGGGCCCUCACAGGUCCCUGCACCGGGCUUUUUCUCCUCAGCCCCCCGGGAGUGCCUACCACCCUUCCUCAGGGUCCCCAAGCCAGGCAUGUACCCCCUGGGCCCUCCCUCCUUCCCACCCAGCUCCCCAGCCCCUGUGUGGAGAAGCCCCUUGGGCGCCCCUGCGCCACUCGACAGGGCAGAGAACCUGUACUAUGAGAUCGGGGCUGGGGAGGGGCCCCCCUACUCUGCCCCCACCCGGCCCUGGAGUCCGUUUCGCUCGAUGCCCCCUGACAGGCUGGGUGCCUCCUAUGGCAUGCUUGGCCAGUCACCGCCACUCCACAGGUCCCCCGACUUCAUGCUCAGCUACCCACCCCCGCCUUCCUGCUUCCCCUCCAACCACCUCAGCUAUUCAGCCCCCCAGCACCCUGCCCGCCGCCCUAUCAGGCCAGAGCCCCUCUAUGUCAACCUGGCUCUUGGGCCUAGGGGGCCCUCACCUGCCUCCUCCUGCUCCUCCUCCCCUCCUGCCCACCCCAGAAGCCGCUCAGAUCCUGGGCCCCCAGUGCCCCGCCUCCCACAGAAGCAGCGGGCGCCCUGGUGCCCCCGCACUCCUCACAGGGUACCUGGCCCCUGGGCACCCCCCGAGCCUCUCCUGCUCUACAGAGCAGCCCCACCAGCCUAUGGGAGAGGGGGCGUGCCCCACCGAGGGUCUUUGUAUAGGAAUGGGGGCCAAGGAGGUGAGGGGGCUGGCCCCCCACCCCCUUACCCCACUCCCAGCUGGUCCCUCCACUCAGAGGGCCAGACCAGGAGCUACUGCUGAGCCAGAGCUGGGGGGUGGGGGGCGUCCUUCCCGUUCUCCCCCUUUACAGGGUCUUGGCCCCACCCCAACCUGUAUUUUGUAUUUUCUUGAGCUCCUGCCCAGCUUUCUCACUUUGUAACCUGCUUCUGAUGUAAACCCUUCUUCAACCGUAACCCUGGCUUCCCUGCCCUCAGCUGAAGGGCACCCCUACCCCUCUUCUCCACCUUCACCCUCCAGGAGCCCUCAGUGUGUCCCUUUCUGUGCACAAGGAGCUAGGGACACCACUCCUGCCCACCCACCCCACCACAUCCCCCCACCACACAUGCACACACACACACACACACAUUGGACUAAACAACCAAGACAAUGAAUGAAUAAAAUGGUGAAAAGGUGGACCAGGCUCA